CCUCUGCCUCCUCCCCUGAGCUUGCUGUUUUUGGCAAAACAAAAGUGUGAAGCAUUCACUGGAGAAAGAAAGGCUGCAAAAUGACUUCAGAGUGACAUUCUGGAUCCUCCCCCCCCCCCCGUUACCCAGGAGAGGAAACAGCCACCAUGCAGCCAGCUCAGGAGCCGGUGACCUUCAAGGAAGUGGCCAUAUAUUUCACCGAGGAGGAAUGGGUCCUGCUGGAUCCAGGCCAGAGAGCUCUUUACAAGGAGGUCAUGGUGGAGAUUCGUGAGAUGAUCAACUCUCUGGGGGUCAGUCAGAAUGGCAAUCUUACUGCACAUCAAAGAAGUCAUACAGGGGACAAACCUUACAAGUGCUUGGAGUGUGGAAAGUGCUUCAGUAACAGUAGCUCCCUUACUGUCCAUCAAAGAACUCAUACAGGAGACAAACCUUAUAAAUGCAUGGAGUGUGGAAAGGGCUUCAGUCAGCGUGGCAAUCUUACUUUGCAUCAAAGAAUCCAUACAGGGGACAAACCUUAUAAAUGCUUGGAGUGUGGAAAUGGUUUCAGUCGGAGUAGCUCCCUCAUUUUGCAUCAAAGAACUCAUACAGGAGUCAAACUUUAUAAAUGCUUGGACUGUGGAAAGAGCUUCAGUCGCCGUUACCAACUUACUUCACAUCAAAUAAUUCAUACUGGGGACAAACCUUAUAAAUGCUUGGAGUGUGGAAAGAUGUUCUAA